UCAAAGGCUUGAGAUCCAGGUGUGAUUUUGGUAAUACCCCAGUACUUCAGAUCCUGGUGUUGGCUGUGCUGAAUUUAUCGUAUUUUCAUUUCAGGAAUAGUUCCAGGAUUAAACCUCUAAUCCCUGAAAAUGAUCUCACGGUCAUUAUUUGUGUAUCGUUACCUACCUUUUCCGAUUGCUGUAAUGUUUGGGGCUGUCAGAUUCUGACCUGGAAUGUUUGCAACAUGUUCAGGACUACGCAGCAAGGGUUCCUGUGCUGAAGUUACAUUCGUUUUCUUUUGCAGCAAAGUCUGCUUUUUAAAGUCUUGAAUUUGACUUACUGAACCUUUCAUAAUUUUGACCUUAGUUCAGAGGCUGUCAGUGUCAAUCUCCCAGGGAGGAACUACUCUUUGUUCCCAGGGUGCAUAGAAACAAAUGGCUCGAGAAGGAUGAGCACAUGUCGCUGGUGUACUCCUGGUGGGGCUUCCACCUUACUUUUUCUACAGAGUUACAGCUCCAAAGCCUUGUCUCAGGAAGAGCAUGAUGCAGCCAAUGAAGACCUCUGUUACUGUUUAGAAUGUGUGAUAGAAUAUCACAAGGCAAGAGAUGCUCUGCCAUUAGUACCCAAGGCUUUACAGGAACUAGAAGCAUCCCGCCUCAUUAACCACUUUGAGAAAGCCUUAAAUCAGGAAGUUUGUGAUGAAGAUGAAUUAAUCUUGGUUGAAGAUGAACAAGAAAUACAGUUACGUGGAUAUACAGGACCAGAGUUUGAGAAUAAUCUACGUGUUCCACUGCUGGAAAUUCUCAAGUACCCAUAUUUAUUGCUGCAUAAGGGAGUUGGAGAGCUAUGCGUUGAGUCUUUGUGCAAGAUGGAGCAAGGGAACUACUCCUUUCAGGUCUUUGACAAGCAUCCUGGAAUCUAUCUAUUUUUAGUUCAUCCCAAUGAAAUGAUCCGAAGAUGGGCAAUCUCAACAGCCAGGUCUCUGGGAAAAGUGGACAGGGAUGAUUACUAUGAACUUCAGGAAGUAUUCAAUUGCUUGUUUAAAGUUAUAGAGCUGGACCUGUUUGAGAAUGCUGAUAUUUAUUUGUCCUCUGGUACUGAAGGUGAAAAGCUGAAUCUUUUGCCACCACACCUUUAUGAUUCAAGUAAUUACAAGAACUACUGGCUGGGUAUCUGUAUGCUUCUGACAAUAUUGGAGGACCAAGCCUUGGAUUCCUUGAUUCUAGGCCCUGACAAACAAACAGAUCUUUUAAAUGCAAUAUUGAACACCAUGGAUAAAUAUGUGGAAGAUGAAAGUAAUGAUCCCUUUUGGCCUGCACUGCAGUGUUUUAUGGUGAUUUUGGAUCGACUUGGAUCCAAGGUUUGGGGGCAGGCUGUUGAUCCCACGCAGGCAUUUCAGACCAUAAUUGGGAGUCGAAGUUACAAUAAAGAAAUUGAAACCAUCCGGAACACUCUUGAAAGAAAGAAGAUUAAGAUGGAACCAGAUUCAGACUGCGCUGAUGACAUGGUGUCUUGCAGUCAAAUGGUAUAUGAAUGCAGCACAAAGAAGCCAAACAAGGAUACUGGUUGGAAGAAUGCUAUUUGCCCUGACUAUUGUCCUAACAUGUAUGAAGAAAUGCAGACCCUGGUUAAUCUACUACAGUCUGAUGCUGGCCAAGACAUGAGAGUUCACAACAGUACUUUUCUUUGGUUUAUCCCAUACGUUCAGUCUGUUAUUGAUCUCAAGGAGUUGGGUGUGGCUUACAUAGGUGAAGUCAUUCAUCAUUUGUAUUCUGAAAUCAAGGAUGUCCUUGACAAGAAAGUUCAGUUUUGUGAUAAGGUCACCGAAUUCUUCAUUUUGAUAUUAGUAUCCAUAAUUGAACUUCAUCGAAAUAAAAACUGUGUGCAGUUACUUUGGUUUAGCUCCCAAAAAUGGGUAGAAGCAUUGGUGAAAUGUGUGAAACUUCCUGCUAAAUUGUUCAGCAGAAACUCUGACAAGGCAAGUAGAAGUGGUUCCAAAAUAACUCCCAGUGCACUAGUCACAUCGACAUCUGCGCAUCCGCAGGUUAACAACACUGUUCAACAUGCUUGUGUACAGCUAAUUCGUAGCUUUCUUAGGGAAGGGUUUCAGUUGGGACUACAAAUCUCUUGUCAAAAAUUUCUUGACCAACUCAACAAACAGCUGAGAAGUACAUUUAUAUUAGGCUGGCAGCUUGACCGUACUGAAACCCAAGAUCUCCAAGCUUGCUUAAAACAGAUAGUUAAAAGUAUAAAAGACCGAAACAAAAGCACUAGUCCACGUGUGAAGAAUUCUGACCCCUAUGGCACUUUGCAUAUUAAUAUUAAACAAGAAGUAGAAGAAACUGUUGAAUUGCAAAAAUCACCUAUGUAUUACAGAAGCAGCCCAGAAUUACAAACGUUUUCAGAAUUCCAGGCAGAAAGAAUUUUAAGUAAGGGAGAAAAGACUGACUGUGAACGUUUACCUUUUGAUGGUGCUGAAUGCCCAUCAGUGGAGGACGGUAAAGAAUAUCAGACAGUAGGUGCUGCUGCCGAGGCAGCGACUGCAGGUUGUAAUGUGGGAUGUGACGGUAACACUAUUCAGGCCUAUAUAAAACCAGUCCAGAAUCAACUUGAGGAUUCCUCUGAUGCAGUGAAAUGUGGACAGCUGCCUGAAGGUGCUAAAUUAAGUUCUAAGGGCUUUGAGUCUUCCCCAACUAACUGCAUAGAAAGCAAGACUUUACUGGACGAAGGUACUUCAAAGUGUCACAAUUCUGGAAGUACUGUUGCUACUUCUGAGGAAUCCUCCACCAUUCUUCCUGCUAAAAACCUUCAAAUUGACUUUGCAAAAUUUAGGACCUUGACAAAAAAAUUGUCAGCCAUUAUAGGAAAGGAUUUACAGAGUAAAAAGGAAAGUCAAGCUUCUUCUCUGAAGUCUAAGGAUGGAAAAACUGACGGUGUGUAUAGUGAAUGUAGUAUUCCCCAAAACGUUUGUGGAAAUGAAGUGGAGCAGUUUGCAGAAACAGUUACUGUCAAAUGUGAAAAAGUUGAUGCAUCGCUGGAAGCCAAAAGCUGUUCCAGGAGAUUAAGUGGUGAUGAGCAGGUGGUUUCUUCCAGUCCAUGUAAGGAAGUGAGUGAUCCGGAUGAACAUUGUGAAAGUGAGAGUGAUGAUAACAUUCCACUCCAGGUCAUUAGAAAAGACUUAAUUAAAAGGAAGUCCUUUAGUGUAAGACCAGAGGGUGAUCUUUCAUCAGACACUAAUGUUGACAAAGACUAUACUACUCUAAGGUCCUGUGAAAAAGGAGAUGACUCUCCCAAGUAUUCAAGCAAGGACCCAUCAUUGCAGCCUUUGGGUCACAUUAAAAGAGAAGCUGAGACUUGUAACAGAAGCACUUAUGAAUCUUUCUCAGAUGAUGAAGAACUCAGAAAUGAGCAAGUCAUAAUUAUUUCAGAUUCAGACUCUUCUAAAGAGGACACUGUAGCAAAAGACAUUGAUUCUUCUCGAGAUGACUCAGUUAAACAGUCCAGUUCUAAAAAAGUGGUCAGAAAAGACCAAAAGUAUAGAGCUGAGCGAGAUACUGAGGAACAGCCAGCUAGUGGAUUAAUUUCGUUAAGGAAGAGUCAGGAGGGUAAGGAAAAACUGAAGAGCGGGCUGUCUCCAGGCUUUGAGGAAAAUGAUUCUCAGUUUUUUGAAUUUGAAACUGAAAAUGAAGUUUAUUCAGUUUGGCAAGAUUCACAGUUGAACAGCAGCAAAGAUAACUGUGUGACUGAGAGUAGGGAAUGUCCUAUGCAGACUGACAAAAAUAUUGAGGAUUUAUACAACGACUGGGGUUAUGAUACAGAUUAUGUGCCUGAAGAAGUUAUUCAGCUAGCAGUAAAAAGAGCUGAAACAAACUUGCUUAAGAAGGGGCAUUCAUCUGUAAAGUCAGAAGCAAGCACAUCACUAAAGAAAUGUACAUCUGAACCGAAUUCUGAAGAGGUCUGUACUUCAUUUUACAGCAAGAAAACGGAGGCACAGUUUCAGUCUGUUCCCUGUACUGCAUCUACUGAUAAGCUGUUAGCAACUAAGGUACAGAGAGACUUUGAUACAGUACAACAGGCACCAGUCCAUUCUACAGUUGUUUCAGAAGAGAUGUCCGCUAAAAACGUGGCUUUAAACAAGAAAACUAACAUAAAUAAGGUGGAAGUAGAGAAAAACAUAUCCCAGAAAAGGACUGCCUCAAAAAAUGAAGGCAGUAGCAGUGAAUAUCCAAGUAAAAGGAAAGUUCGUACAAGUGUGCAAAAGAAAAAAUCCAGAGUCCAUCCUGAUGCAAGUGAAACUGAUAAUAGAAAACCGCUCUCUUCUGCCAAAAGAAUGAUACCUCAAGCAUGUAAACUUCCUGCAGUAGUUCCACCAAAAAGAGAACGUCGUGGUUUUGAACCAGCAUCCACAGCUGAAAAACUAGGCUUUAAAAAGAAAGCUCGGAAAGCAUUUGAUCUCUCCCAGCGCUCAUUAAACAGCUUGUCUGAAUUGCGAAAUCACGGCAGAGCUGCUGGCAUGAUUGAAAAUAAAACUAGAAGAAAAACAAAAUUAAUUUCUCCUCAGAAAUUGACAGUGAAGGGAAAGAAAAAAGUGAUGGCAUCUCAGGAAAUCCAGUUCUUUAAACAGACAAGACCUAAAAAAGCGAAUUUACAGAAGGGCAGCAUACACAGCACUUUGUCAAGCAGUGUGAAAAAGCAAGCUCCGCGGGCGAUAGUGUGUGAAAGAAACAGAUGUGUAGGAGAGAAUAAUAAUCAGGUUCAGCCUCCUUUGAUCAAGCCAUUGAUAUUUGACACAUCAGGAAAUGACAAAGAUAAUCAGGCCGUGAGUUCUUGCAGUCCUAAACAAAGAAAUGGUUUGUUCAUAGAAGAACUUGAUCCUCUGUGUUAUAAUACGGAACUUAAAAAUGUUGAUCAAGCAGCUCCAUUCACAAGGAUUGAUGAUCAAACACCAAAGCCCGAUCCAACUUCUGCUGAUACUGAAAUUAAAAGUGAAACCAUCACUUCCCCUGCUGGUACCUCUGAAACUGAAAGUGGUGCUCAGGUAAAUGAAAUAGAGAUGAAUGGUGUUUCAAUUUCAGUUGCUGACCCUGGUCCCGAUGAUUGUAGUGGUGAUGAUAAUAACGACAGAGAUGAUGCCGAUGCUCUGUUUUUAACACAGUAUGAUCCAGUGGAUAUGGAUAUAAGUACUCAGGAAGAAGGCGAUUAUCUUGGAACAUGUACUGUAAGUGAUCCUGUGGACAUGGUUAUUGAUACAAAGGUUGAUGUAGUCGAGAGUACAAAGCAGCUUGCAUCUGAUUUCCCAACUCCUGAAUGUAAACAAAUGGAAACUGCGACUGCUCCAGGAACGUCCUCUUCCCCAUCCGCUGUCAGUGCUGUAAUUGAUGAUGACUUAUUCCGGAAACCAGGUCUUCCUGUAGCUCUUCCAAAGCUUAAAAAAGUUUCUAGUACAAAAAUAUAUUCUUCCAGCAGCACAUCUAGGAAUGCUCAAUUGUGUAAAGAAUUAGAAAGUGUUGGCAGUAAGCUGCCUUCUCCCUUGAAAACUAAGUCAAACAUGCAGCCACUUGUAAAAAGAGAUGUUCAGAGGGCUACACUGAGUUCAGUGUCUGCCCCGCAAGAUUCAUCUACCAUCCUUCAGGCUCUAAACAAAUAUGUGAAUAACAGACAAAAGCCAAAUUUUUCUCCCGGAGCUUUACCUUCAUCUGAGUGCAUUAGAACAAAAGAUAAUCGUCGUCCCUUCUGGGACUCUAUGGUGCAACAGUAUGACCAGUCCUACUUUGUUCGUGAAAUCCUUAAAUGGAAAUAUGAUAUGUUUGCUAAUUUGAGUAAGUUUGGUGCACCAGAUACUUUGUGCCAGUUCACUGUGACUCAGAUUCCUGAUAACUUUUCUAAAUAUGAUGAGUAUUUUAGAGUCUUCUUCCCUCUGUUGAUGCUGAACACAUUUGAAGAAGCAGGUCAGGAGUGGAUGAAUAACCAGAGAACCAAGAAAAACACUUUAUACUGCCUGUCUCAGACAGGAUUUUGGUCUGAAAGUAACAUGAAUCGUGUUGAUUGUCAGGUUUUUAUUCAGGCAAGAGACCUUGCCAAGCAAAUGCACCCUAAAGAAGACGAUCUGGUACUUAUUUGGCCGCAAAAGCAUGAAAGUUCUACGGACAAAGAUAACUUGGAGAUGGAAAGCAGUUUGGAUUCUCUCUGUAUUAUUGGCCGCAUAUCACGCUUUACCAGGUCUACAGUAAAUGAUAACCGGCGUGAAGACUUGCUCACCUUUCUGGUUUCCAUCCAGACGCUUGGGAAUUUUUCUGCUUACCGAGGCCAACAGAUAAUGUGUGAAGUGAUCAGUUCACUAGUGACCGCCCAGCGAAAGUUCCGAGCCCUACUGCAGCUGAACAGGAGCCCACUGACAAGGGCUAUAUUAAAGCCUUGCAUUAGUGCUUUUACUCCAAGGGAACAAGCUGACGGUAGCAACUGGAAUAGCACAAACGGCUACAACAGAGACCAAGAAAAGGCCAUUAACGUUGCAGUGGCUAUGGUGAGACAGCAUACAGCAGUUCCUAAAAUCUGCCUGAUACAUGGUCCUCCUGGGACUGGCAAAUCAAAAACAAUUGUAGGCCUCCUGUUUCGCAUUUUAAUUGAGGAUCAAGAAAAUGUGGUUCCUGUUCAGAACUUGAAUGCAAAAGCUAAGCGGAACAGAGUUCUUGUGUGCGCACCAUCUAAUGCAGCAGUGGACUGUCUUAUGAAGAAGAUUAUUAUUGAGUUUAAAGAAAAGCAGAAAGACAAAAAGAAUGCAUUAGGAAAUUGUGGUGAUAUAAACCUGCUACGACUUGGGUCAGAAAAAACUAUUUCCACUGAUGUCCUGAAAUUUAGUCUGGAUUAUCAAGUACAGAACAAAAUUCGUAGGACACAAGUCUACGGUGACCAGGAUAUUCAGAAGAAAUCAGAUAUGCUAGAUCGUAAAUUGGAUGAACUUUCACGAGAGCGUGCUAUGUUUAGAAGUGACAAGGAAAAGUGUCAGAAACUUGAUGAAGAAAUUCGUAGAUGUUCAGAUGAGAGAAGAAACCUGGGAAGAAUGCUUAAAGCGGAUCGAGGACGUAUUCUGGAGAUGCAGGGGAAAAUUAUAUUGGAGUCUCAUGUUAUCUGCUGUACACUCUGCACAAGUGGGAGCAUUUUGCUCGAGACAGCUUUCCGAAGACUAGGCCAGUGUCCUUUCAGCUGUGUUAUAGUGGAUGAGGCAGGGCAAGCAUGUGAGACUGAAACAUUGAUCCCUCUUAUUCACCGUUGUCCUAAACUCGUCUUGGUCGGAGAUCCUGAGCAGCUGCCUCCCACUGUGAUCUCUCUGAAAGCACAAGAACACCGGUAUGGGCAGCCCAUGAUGGCUCGUUUGUACCACUGCCUGCAGCAGGAAGCAAAGAGAAUGGAUAGCAGGUUACCCGUUUUAUAUCUCUCAACCCAGUACAGGAUGCAUCCAGAUAUAUGCCACUUUCCAUCUAAGUUUAUCUACAAUAAAAAUUUGAAGACGGACAGUGAUACAGAGGCUAAAAGAUGCUCUUCAAACUGGCGUUUCCAGCCAUACCUUCUUUUUGAUGUCAUAGACGGCCAUGAGAAUCGAGAACAAGAAGCAUCCUGUUCUCAUAUCCCAGGCUUCUGGGGGUCUUAUACCAACCUAAAGGAAAUUAAAUUAAUUGUUUUCUUAGUAAAGCUAAUGACCUCUAAGAAGGAGGUCCCCUUUCGCAAUAUUGGGAUUAUAACCCCUUACAGUGCUCAGAAGAAGCUGAUACUUUAUCAUCUGCAGCAAGAGUUCAAAGAUGUUGGUUCUCAAUCAGUCAAGGCACUGGAGGUUGAUACAGUUGAUGGGUUUCAGGGAUGCGAAAAGGACUGCAUAAUAGUCACUUGUGUCCGAGCAAAUGCUCUCCAAGGAUCCAUAGGGUUUUUAGCCAGUCGACAGCGUCUGAAUGUCACCAUCACAAGAGCUCGGUUCAGCCUCUUCAUUCUUGGAAGCUUGAAAACACUUAUGGACAAUAAAGAUUGGAAUGCAUUAAUUCAAGAUGCCCAGAAGAGAGGUGCCAUAAUUAGAACAUUUGAAAAGAAUUAUGAAAAGGACGUGAACAAGAUAUUUAAACGCAAACCAACAAUGCAGCGCUCUCUGUCACAUCCUUCUAAUAUCCAUUCAGUUGAGAAAUCAGCACAGCAGCGGACUAAAUCUACUGAUGGAGGUGUGCCUGGGUUGUCUGUUUCUGUCUCCAGUGUUUCAAGGCACAGUCCUUUACCUAACGCUGUGCCUCAGGUUCCAUUUAGGCCUCAGGACAGUGUGAGACAUCAGAAACCAGUGACUAAUACUGCGGCUGCAAAUGUUAAAGCUUGCUCUAUUCCAGUUUCAGUAAAACCCCCUGUUCCCAUUGUAACCCAACCUUCUACAAAAGAAAGGCCCAAGGAUCCCCGACUUGCACGAAGAGCAGGUAAUGAACAUACUUCAAACCAGUUGGUAUCUAAAUCUGUUAGCAGUGGAACAGCCUCACAUUUAGACCAUAGCAAGAAUUCCAGCAGUACUCUACUUUCUGGUUCUGUUUCAUAUGGCCCAGCUUCCUCAAGACUUGAGCACAGUCACAGCUCAGGAACAUUUAAUGCAAGUACUUCUCCCUCGUCAUCCUACUUUUCUUCCCUCUCCUAUGAGGCUAGUGAGGAUCGGGAUUACAGGCCUCUUUAUAGACAAGGAAAAAACUGGUCUCCUAAGAAUGAAACUGGAAAUUGGAGCAAAGAUCAAGACCAUAGGUUUACAAGCAAAAGGCCUGUUGGUGACAUGUAUGACAGGCAAGAUCGAACUUGCCAGCAGCCGAAGAGACGGAAGGAAUAGCAGCAGGAAUGUUAUUACUCCCUCAGCUGACUGUGCCCAACCUCAGGAAGUGUUGGGGAAGACCAAAGCCUUUGGGGUGGCACCAUAGGUACUUUGGAGAAGUGUUCUCUACAGUGUCUGCAUUUACAGCAUUAGACUGUUUAACUGUUGAUGCAGUAUUUAGAGCAAUAUAUGAUGUUAUAUCAUUUAUGUUGUGACCUCAGUAAAUGCCAUGUGCAAUCCAUUACAACCCCAUACACCGUUAUAACACUUUUCUUAGUGUUUGUAGCAACGCCUUCAUUGCCUUCUGCAUGUGUACUAAACAGUAAAUUUAAACUUUUAUCAGACUUGUUCUCAUUUACUGCUUGCAACAAGGACAGAAAGUGCCUUACCAGCAUGGAGGUACUACAGAUAAACUCUAUUUGGAAGUUAGUUCUUGGUACUAAAGUGGUAGUGGCAGUUCAGGGAGUUGCAGGAGCCGUCAGUGUCAAAUACUGAAAGUGAUAGAUCCAGCUUAAGACAAACUCUGUUCUGCCACACAGGGGUUUUGGAAAAUCUUGCCAGUGUGUAAAAUACACUUGGUCAGCUCUUGUGUUCUCCUGCUGUACUCUGCUACUUACCUGUUAGCCAGAGUCCAUUUAUUAUUUGGAAAAAUCUGUGUUAUCAUGUUGUAACAGUUGCAUAAAAGUUAACUCCAGAUUCUGCUUACUCUUUAUACUCCUUUGCAAGAGGUCAGUUUUAUUUCCUUGAAUUAUCAAGGCAGAAGCUUGUACAGAAAUAUUAUGAACCCUUUUUAGAGUUAAGUUGCCUUCUAAUUAUUGUAUGCUAAUAAAUUUGAAACCAUUUAACAUACUGUAUGCAAUGUUCAGCUGACAGUUUUAUUUGAAGAAGUUAUUGCCAAAUGACGUAUUUGAAGGAUAAUGAGAAAUGACUGUUCAACCCGAAAAGUACCGUAUCUUACUGGUUACACUAAAACAAGUUAGAUGAUAUUUUUAUUUGUAUGUCUCUGUGUAGAAAUUUUCAUUUUAAGUUAUAAGGAAAAAAGUGCUUUAAUAAGUAUUCCAUUUUUUGUUUGAGAUAAACCGGUUCUGCCCUUCCAUACCCCCCUCCUCCCCCCUCCCCAACUCUAGAUUCUACUCUGUGUUGCAAAGGAUGGCAUCUCAAAGAAUACUGGACCUUGCAGACAUUUGUUUUAAAUAUUAAAAAUGUUUAAAAAAUGUACCAGUUUUAGGAGUUCCAGUAGUACCAGACAGUUUUGAGUAGAAUCAGUUGUAGAAUUCUGUUUUGUUGCUGCUUGGCCAUUACCUUGAUGGUCCUUAACCCGAUUCAUAAUUUAGUACAUGAGAAAAGCAUACUGAUCACAGCUAAUUUUGCCCUGUGAUGAUCAAUUGGCCAUCAGGGCUCUAAACAGCAGAGCUGAAUUGGAAUUUAUUGAGGAGUUCUGCUUGGAACUGAUUUGUGGGUUGGUCCUCCCCCAGGACUAGUAGGGGCUUGUGUAUUUUUUCCCAUUCACACACACCCACACACUUAGAAAGGAAAAUGUCUGUAGGGCUUAGUAUUCCUUUAGCAUUGCUUAUCCAAGGCACUCAAUUUUUUUUUAUUGUUAUUAUUUUUACUUUUCAUUCUGAGUUGCAGAAAAUCUGUGUGCACCCGCAUGUGCUAUGUGUCUAUAAAUGUCUUUAUGUGUACGUGUAUUUUAUACACAUAUGCACAGAUGUAUACUGUGUCUGUCUCUCUCCCUCUCUCUCUAUUUAUGUAUAUAUAUUUGUGUGUGUGUAUCCCUCUCUGUAUACACGUGUACAUAUACCUAAACCCACAUGCACACAUUUGUGUGCUGAUCUUCACUCUGCAAAUGUCCAGAACACAGUUGUGUAAUCUGCACUGGUGUGUAGCAGAAGAUCAAAUUGUAUACUGCAUUUUAUUUUGUAUUCAGUUUUAGGUGUCACAUAUGUCAUUCAACACAAUACUGCUGCUGGUAAUGAUAGUAUAAAAGAGUUGGAAUGUUUCCGAUCUGUGUGACUGUGUAAAAGUUCUGGUUCUUACAAACAGAUCACCAGUCAUUGUCAUGUGUUGAAACUGAAUGACAAUAAUAUGUCUAGAAGCUGCAAUCCACAACUGAGUAUUUAACCAUGGGCGGUAUACAUUUUUGAUUUUUUAGACUCGUCCAUUUCAAGUAAUCAUUUUGUCUAUAUGCAUGCACAUUGUGAGGCUAUAAUAUGUUUAUUAACAGUUUCAUAAUGCUGUCCUGCACAAAUUUUGUAAUAAAGCACAAGCAGGUCUUGAAACAAUUCUGUGGAACAGAGAAGCAAGAUCAAAGCAGCCUAGAAUAACUUGUGAGGUUUAUUUGGGAAAGGUAGCAGAUCAGAAUUAUAGCACAGAUUUUUUUUUUAUGGGGCAGGAUAAAGAACAACAGGUAAAUAUCUUUUUGUGGUUGCUAGGCAUUUGUAAUGACAAUAUUGCAUUUGCAAUACAGAUAAAUUGAAAAAACAGUGUUGAUGCAGCUGACGUUUGUUGGCACAAAUCAUCUGAGACUUGAUUAGCUAUAAAAUGGUGUAUGGUUACUCCAUACAGUUUUUCUACAUAACGUUGCUUUGAGUUUUUAACUGCCUCAUCAUUCUAUUCCAGUCAGUCCAACAUUGCAUUAUUUCCACUUUGUAUUUUCAACCUUAAGGCAGUUCUUAAGGAAUUCUAUUUUCUGUGCAAGAAAUUCAGUCACAUGCACAUUUAAUUUGUCUCUCAGCAGAAACUUACAAAUAGUAUGUAUGUUCGUUUUAUUUUAUGGUUAUGUAUUUACCCUUAUUGUACAUAUGUUCAUAUUUUUGUACAGUAUAUCUUUAAAGAGAUCAUUGAAAUCA